AUGGCUAAUGCUUCACCCAGUAGCUUUAUCACUAGUGUUACUAGAAAUCCAGUAGUUGUAAGAUUAAACAACGGUUCUAAUUUUAAAGGUAUUCUUGCAUGUUUGGAUGAAAGGAUGAACAUUUCAAUGGAAAACACCAAAGAAUAUAUUAAUGGCGUAUUGGUUAAGGAAUAUGGAGAUUCAUUUAUUCGCGGAAACAAUGUGUUGUACAUUCGGACGGAUAAUGACGGAUGA